AUUCAGGGGAGAGGCCCCAUACAGGGAGCCACUCCAACCAGACAGCCUGGCCAGAAUGGAGCUGACUGAAUUGCUCCUCGUGGUCAUGCUUCUCCUAACUGCAAGACUAACUCUGUCCAGCCCGGGUCCUGCUGCCUGUGACCCCCGACUCCUAAAUAAACUGCUUCGUGACUCCCAUGUCCUUCACGGCAGACUGAACCAGUGCCCAGACGUUAACCCUUUGUCCACACCUGUCCUGCUGCCUGCUGUGGACUUUAGCUUGGGAGAAUGGAAAACUCAGACGGAGCACACCAAGGCACAGGACGUUCUGGGAGCCACGACCCUUCUGCUGGAGGCAGUGAUGGCAGCGCGGGAACAACUGGGACCCACUUGCCUCUCAUCCCUACUGGUGCAGCUUUCUGGACAGGUCCGCCUUCUCCUUGGGGCCCUGCAGGGCCUCCUUGGAACCCAGCUUCCUCCACAGGGCAGGACCACAGCUCACAGGGAUCCCAGUGCCAUCUUCCUGAGCUUCCAACAACUUCUGCGAGGAAAGGUGCGUUUCCUGCUGCUUGUAGUUGGGCCCACCCUCUGUGCCAAGCGGGCCCCACCUGCCACAGCGGUCCCAGGCAGCACCUCUCCAUUCCUCACACUGAACAAGCUCCCAAAGAGAACUUCUGGAUUGUUGGAGACAAACUCCAGUGUUUCAGCCAGAACUACUGGCUCUGGAUUUCUGAACAGGCUGCAGGGAUUCAGAGCCAAGAUUCCUGGUCUGCUGAACCAAACCUCCAGGUCCCUAGACCAAAUCCCUGGACACAGAACACACAGACCCUUGAGUGGAAUUCAUGGACUCUUUCCUGGACCCACACCCAGGGCCUUAGGAGCCCUGGAUAUGCCUCCGGACACUUCAAACAUGGGCUCCCUGCCACCCUAUCUCCAGCCUGGAGAUUCUUCUUCCCCAGCCCAUCCGCCUCCUGGACAACACACACUCUUCUCUCCUUCACCCACCUUGCCCGUCCCCACAGUCCAGCUCCAACCCCUGCUUCCUGACCCCUCUGCUAUCACAUCCAACUCUACCAGUCCUCUUCUAGUUGCAGCCCACUCUCACUUCCGGAAUCUGUCUCAGGAAGAGUAAGGGACUCAGACGCUGCCAACAUCAGCAUCGCCUCCCAUGUACAAUCCCCUUACUCAGAGGAGAGGCCCUGGGAGACAACUGCAGCUAUACAGGCAUACCUCAUUUUAUUGAGCUUCAUUUUAUUAUGCUUUGCAGAUACUUCAUUUUUUACAAAUUGAAGGUUUGUGGCAACCCUUUGUUGUCAGAUGAUGGUUAGCAUUUUUUAGCAAUAAAGUAUUUUUUAAUG